UAUACUCUACAGGUUAAUUACCUCCUGCACGUACCGGUCCGUGUUAUGUCAACAUUUCUAAUAAAUGUCAAUAGUAUUAUCUACCCGACCAUAAGAAAAGGUAAUGUAUAGGCACACAAAAAUGUCUACCUGUUCAAAAUUGUGUAUCUAUUUGACUUAUAUUUCAAGUGUUACAAUUACUUUAUCCCAAACUUUAAACAAUUCUACAAACUCUAAAGUGAACUGUGUUGCCGAAAUUUCACACAAGGAAUUCUGGGAGAAAGAAGAUUUUCCUAAUCCUCAAAUUAAUAUUAAUCUCUGCGGAAGACAUUGUAAGACGUCAUGGAUCUGUGACCCUAAUGCAGUUUUAUCUUCUCAACAAGCGGAUGAGCUCGAUGCUAUCGUUACUACAGUUGUUGAAUCAGGAAAAUGCAGCUGUCAAAACUGUACCAGUACCGAUGGAUACAAUAUAUCAAUAGCACUUGUUCCGUCGUUAAAGCCUUCUAUAACGAGUCAAAAAGAUUCUGCUGUGGACUUCAUUCACUUCAUACGAAAUAGCUGGAACUUUCAGAAAUGUGACAAUGAUAUUGUAAUAUUACUAUCAAAAGAUGACAGAAAGGUGUACACAGAAGCAGGAACAACUGCCAAUAAGUUUCUAACAGACGAUUGUAUCGAUCAAGUCCACGAUAUAAUCGAAUCGGAUCUGUCUGAUGGAAAGUAUUAUGAAGUAUUAAAAGAAAUGACAACACAAUAUAAAAUUAUAUUAUCAGAAGGAAACUGUGAAUACAUUUCUGAAAAGAAGACCAUGACAAUAGUAGCUUUAACAGUUGGUGCUGUGUUCGGAACGAUCGUCCUGACAUUUUCUGUAUGCGCAUUAAUUCUUAACAGGAAACAAGGGCGCUAUCAAAAACAAUCGGAUGAUGAGGAAAUUGACAAAAAAGUAGUUUGCACUAGUCGACCUUUGUACCACAGCAACCAUUCAUUCGACGGAGCCGCUGGCGAGGACAUUUGUAAUACUGACAAAGACAGUACUGAAGGAAUAAAAAAUAAUUGCUGAUAUUUGAUUUAAUAAAUAUUUAUUUAUGAUGAGAAAGAAAAGAAUUUAAACAAUUUCUUUAUCUAAUAAUUUUUUUUCGAAUAUACAUGUACA